GGGAGUGUAGGUGCAGAGAGAAUAAGGUGAAGCCCCUGUCCAGCUGUAUUCAACCAGGAAAACCAGAACACUCAGGUCAGGUGUGAACAGGGAUCAUACGAUCAGCACCUGCUGGGAAGGUGGAGCAUAUUGAUGAUAUGCCCUCCUCUGUGAACAGACAAAAACAUUUAUUGUCAGUUUACCUCUGGUUAGCACCUCUGCAGCUAAUAAGGGAUUCAGCCAGGGAGAGAGUUACAGGAGGGAAAACAGAAAAUGAGCAGAAUUCACAGAGCCCUUGCAUUCAACCUUUUAUUUUUCUGUUGUUGCCACCUGACAGUUUUUUGUGGUUAUUUUUCUUGAGAAUCUGUCCAUAAAAGAUAAGAUUAAUCAUCUCCUCUCUACUCCCAGCUACUGCUACUUAUUUAUUGUGUCUUUUGAAUUCCAUUCGCUCAUGUUUGUCAACAGUGUGAUUGAGUGUUCAGCUCUGUCCCUUGAGCCCUAUUCUUUAUCCCCAAUCGAUAUGGAAAGGAUAGGACCGAACAGUGUGGCUCUAUCGCUGUCUUAUGUGCACUGACAGAGGCAGAGAUGGAAAGCUUCCUUCAGGCCUGUUAGCUCUGUAUGUGUAUGAGUACCUGCUGCAUGUAGGAGCACAGAAGUCAGCACAGACCUUUCUCUCAGAGAUCCGAUGGGAGAAGAACAUUACAUUAGGAGAACCUCCGGGGUUCCUCCACUCAUGGUGGUGUGUUUUCUGGGACCUUUACUGUGCAGCUCCAGAGAGAAGAGACACAUGUGAACACUCCAGUGAGGCCAAGGCUUUCCAUGACUAUAGUGCUGCAGCAGCUCCCAGCCCUGUCCUUGGGAACCUUCCCCCUGGAGAGGGCAUGCCAGUGGGGCCAGUCCCUCCAGGAUUCUUUCAGCCAUUUAUGUCACCUCGGUACCCUGGAGGGCCUAGACCACCCCUCAGAUUACCCAGUCAGGGGCUUGGAGGAGUCCCAGGUAGCCAGCCUAUGUUACCAAGUGGAAUGGACCCCUCAAGACAGCAAGGACAUCCAAAUAUGGGAGGACCGAUGCAGCGGAUGACUCCACCCAGAGGCAUGGUGCCCCUGGGCCCUCAGAACUAUGGCGGUGGGAUGCGACCACCACUGAAUGCCCUGGUUGGUCCUGGGAUGCCUGGCAUGAACAUGGGACCUGGUGGGGGCAGACCCUGGCCAAAUCCUCCAAACUCCAAUUCCACCCCUUACUCUUCUGCAUCUCCAGGAAGUUAUGUGGGGCCUCCCGGAGGAGGGGGGCCACCUGGGACCCCAAUAAUGCCAAGUCCAGCAGAUUCAACCAACUCUGGCGACAACAUGUACACUAUGAUAAACACAGUGCCCCCAGGCGGAAGCCGACCAAAUUUCCCUAUGGGUGCAGGCGGUGAUGGUCCUUUGGGGGGAAUAGCUGGAAUGGAGCCCCAUCACAUGAAUGGAUCAUUAGGGUCAGGUGAUAUGGACAGUCUCCCUAAGAACUCUCCUGGUAACUUAAGCAUGAGUAACCAGCCAGGAACCCCGAGGGAGGACGGAGAGAUGGGAGGAAACUUCCUCAACCCAUUUCAAAAUGAAAGUCAGUAUUCUCCAAACAUGACAAUGAGCGUGUGAAGGCUUGGGGAGCCGAUCCCUUCGGGCGCUCAGUAAGUUGGUUUGCACUGGUGAAAAGCAGAGAGAUCGGAUGUGAUGCCAUCUAGGCCAGUGACUCUUCCUCCACCACCACCUGCCUAGUUAGAGGACAGUUGCCCCCGGCUCUGUCCUUCUACUAUCCGCACCCCUCCCUCCCGUCCAUGGUUUCUGUCCACAUCUCUUCACUCCUGUUUCUCCGGUGUGGUGGUGACUCUGCUACGUUCAUCAGUUUGUCCUCUGCAACUAUGACACUGUACAAAGAAACCAAAUUGAAACAACCCAGAGGAGAACUCUUUGUAUAUUUGCAUACAGUGUGUAUGAGACUGCACACUCUCCACUCACAGAUGUUUCUGCCUUUUGCAUCAUGUCACACAGUUGAUGCCUAAAGCCAAAAGGCCAAUGUCCUAUUAAUCCUAAAGUUUAAAUUUCCAAGGAUUUAAAGAGACUUUUUGACUGAUGGCAAAACACUUAAAUAAACAUUGUGUUUUAUGUUUUAUACUGUGGAUCUAGGGACUUUUUUUCAGUUCAAUUCAUCCCCAAACUAGGCUGCAAAUGUGAAAAUAGUUAGUUCACUUUGCCACGGCUUUGCAUGUCCUGGUGAGGCAAAUAAAGUACAGGUCAAAGUCAACUCCUCUUUUUUUUCAGUCUUUCAAAAUCAAAAUUUACUGAAAAGCCUCAGCAAAGCCUGAAAUAUGUGUUAACACUUUUGAAUUUAACAUCACAUUGAAUGAUUAUUGAGAAAAAAGGGUUUUGUUCAAAGCAAGACUGUGUAAUCUUGGUUGAACGUUAUAAGUGACAAUUACUAGAAGUGCAAACAUUUAUCAACCAAAAGCUACUGGACAUACCAGACCAAGUACAGUAAGAUUUAGAGGCAAAGUGAGUGCACUGGAUUGAGCAAUGGUGUGUUUUAUUGUUUGCAAUACAAACUGUAAAACUCCCAAGUAUAAAUGCUUUACUAAGACUCCUUUUGGGGGAUUUCACAUCCUUUAUGAUGUUUUGUUUGAAUUUUCUUUCUUUUUUUUCUGAUUUAUCAGUUUACAUCCUGGAGUCACAGUUGCAAAAUGCGCACAAUGGCCCACAUUCUUUAGACACAAAAUGUUAAGUGAGAGAGAGAAAUCAAAGACAGAGUAACAGGAGGUAUAAACUGUAAGACACAAGCUUAUAAAAUCACUUUGGUCACUCGUAACAAUUGUCAUCCGGAUAAACUGUGAUCUCAGUGGGAAAUGAAAGGUCGGUUGGUACAAAACGCUAAAAUAAGCUUGUUUUUAACUAUUGUUUCAAACUUGUUCACUGCCCAGAUGUAUUAUAAUCAUGUACAAAAGGUCGAUAUUCAACAUUCUCCUUUCCCUUCCCUUACUGCAAAUUGUACAGCUCACAAAUGUAGCUCCUCUGUCUUGUAUGUGUCUUUGAUAUUAUUAUUAUUUAAUUAAGAAACAAAUCUGGAGAGAAUUAUCACAAAAAGGAGCAGUGAUGACGCACCAACUGAGAAGAGAAGAGGUUUUUUUUUUUUUUGUGUUAGACUGAAGCCAUAAGUGGGAGUACAAGAAGAUGCAUUUGUAAAUUGGGUCAUGUUUUCUGUUUCGUGGCAGUAUGUGGGAUUCCAUUUGUGAUGUGUUCAUUUUCUCUUUUUUAUUCUUGUAUUAUGUUUUUGUAAAUACACAGAGAAGUAUUUCAUGGGUUUUGAAUAUGCUGGUAUAAAGCUUCUCUUCCCUUA